AUGAACAAGGAUAAGCCCAACGAAGGGAGAAAGAACGUGGGGGCGAUCCUGCACAGGUACUAUGGGUUAGAUGGGCGGAGUGGAAAUGGGGAUCAGGAACAGGCAGCAAGUGCAGUGCUUAGAAGUAAAGAGGAAAAGGUGAAUGGUGCGAAGGAGGAAGAAUCACACAUAAUGUGGAAAUCCCCAAAGAGAAGCAACGAAAUGUUAACGCAGGAACCCACAGAUGUAAGCGAUUCGGAGGAGCUUAACAAAAAGAGUACCGAUUUUAACGUAAGCGAGUACUUUAAGAAGAUCCUACAAAAGGCAACCCUAAACGAUUUGAUACAGAAAGCAAAAAACAUAGAAAAGGAAAUAAAGCAAAAGGAUAACUUCAUGCAGUCAGUAGUGUACGAAAAUUACAACAAAUUUAUUAAAGCAGCAGAUACGAUUGUAAAUCUGAAAAAAAAUUUUGGAAAUGUUAAGGAGAAAGUGAGAAACAUAAAUGAGCACUUGAGUUGUAUAGAUAACAACUCUCAUUUGGUGAACAACAAAAUUGGAAAAAAUUACAAAAAAAUUAAAUGUUUGCUUCAAAUUAAGGAGCUACUAAAUGGGGUCCAUAACAUUAUGAGUAUCCCGAGGAGGAUGUUUGACCUUAUCAUCUUAGGGGACUAUACCCAGUCUUUACAGCUGUUUAUAGAGGCUGUUCCUUUUUUUUACGAUAAUAGAGACAUGCGCAUAUUUCGGGAUUUAUAUUUAGACAGCGAAAAUAUGGCUAGCAUCGCUUGUUACUAUUAUGAGGAGCAACUCCGCAAGGGUAUCACUUCCAAUCGAAGGGAGCACAACCAAGGUGGAGGGCAGACCACCCACCUAGAUGGGAACUCUGUGGAAGAGUUUUUUAAUCACCUCUGUGAGGAGGUCAUCUCAAAUGAAGAAAUCACUUCAUCUCUUUAUCUUAUUUUGGCAUAUGGUAAAGACAAAAAGGAGGUGAGAAAUGUGUUUUUGUGGAAUAGAUUUACAACGAUGAAGUACUUACUCUGUGAAAUUACCAAUUGGGGGAAUUACAUCCAAGGGGGGACAACCAAAGAUGAACAGGAUGAUGGUCCGUUUGCCAAGGAGAAGGACUAUCCCCAUCACACCGGUGACAGUACCCCCCACGACGAAGAACACAACAAAAUAUUCAAAACGGUGUUAGAGUUGGCUUACACGAAAUGGUUACAUUUUUUCUUCUCCAUGAUACGGAGCUAUGAACAGCUAUUUUUGCGCGACUUUUAUUGUGCGUGUGAUGAGACGGGAAUGCAAAGAAACGGAAGAAUGGAAACUCUUGGCGGAAUUCCAAGGCUGAGGGCCUUGAUGAGGAAGUUGCACGAGACCACUGCUGACGCGAGGGGAGAAAAAGUGGGGGCGUUUUCCACCAUUCCGUCUACCCACAGAGGAGGCGUAAGAACAACCACCCAUGGUGGGAACGCAUCAAACGGAGGAAACUUCACCCCUAUCAACUGGCAGGAGGACCACCUGGAAGGUAUACUGAACAUGGAUGACGAUAGGGAGGUAGUCGAAUUGCUGCUGAAGAUUUUCUUCAAACUUCUGGAGGACUUGACGGUCGACCUCAUAUACAUGUUUAACCCCCCUGUGAAGCUCAUUGCGCGGUGCGUGCGGGUGCUUCAGGAGGGGGUGCGUGAAGCGGUGGGCGAGGUAGAUAAUCGAUCUGCGAACCUUCGUAAUACGCACCUUAGUAGUACUAACAUUAGUAACAAGGGAAGCGUCUUCCACCUCAUGGACGAGUUCCACAAGAGAAUCAACUCCGAACUGUUAAAAUUCCAUGUGUACCGCCUGUGCAUCCAGAACGACCGAAGCCUCAUGAGUUUCUUCUCCCUGUGCCAAGAGAAGGAAGCUAGCUACAUUUUAGAAAACAAAGCCGAGCUCAGUCAUCAUAUUCUGUUAAGCCUUUGUCUUGUUCUCAUCGAUUUGGAAGCCUUCUACAAAGAGAUACCCCUGAAGAGUACCGAUUUUUAUUUCAAAAAUUUGAUUAAUUUUGUGAUCAUUUAUUUUAUCUUCCUAGCAAGAUUUGUGGACUCCUUUAUCAAGUACUUCGUGUGUGUUCAGGAGGGGCGCAGGAGCGAGGGGGAUGAGUGUACCACGGAUGGUUGCACCUCCUAUGAGGAGGAUCCCCCCGUUGACAAGGAGAAAAUUUUCCAGUGCAGAAACAUAUACCCUUCUCAGGCAUAUCACAGUGACGUAGAGAAUGCAAAUGCGGAAAAGAAAAAAAAAAAAAACACUUGGAAAUGCACAGCCAAGUGGAUAUACCAAAACAUCACAUUUGACGGUGGGGAUUUUCGAAGCGUCUUGAUGGAGAGGAAAAAAUUAAUGAAGAUGGACUUAGACAUGUUUAUAGAAAGCAAAAUAAAGAAGCACAGAUUCGAGGGGGAAAAAAAAAGCGAAAUAAAUUUUCUGUUUACCCUAGUGGGAAUUUUGGACAGCAUGAAAAAAGAAGGAGUGUUAAAAGUGUUCACGGUAAUUGUGGACAUGUAUAAAGAAGCACAUACCUUGGUGAAUGAGCGGAAGAGAGUUAGCCUUCGUUCCACUUUUGAGGAUCUCCUAUAUAAAGAUUCGUACCCUUUUUGCAAAAUGGAGGAAAGGGAAGAGAAGGAAGAUCCAGCUGAUGCUUGCACCGAUGAAGAAACUCACUCGAAGGGGCAGCCAUCCAUCAGACAGAGAUAUCUAAAUCGAGCUCAAAACGGUGCUUACUACACGUUAGAAGGGGAGGAUUUGCUAGAUUGGCAUGAUGAUCACUCGAUAGGGUUGGAGCAUUUGACCACGCAGGAGGAUGCAGAAAUGGAUGAGGAAGGAAAGUUCCACUCGUUGUCCAUUCACCCGCAGGAGGAGAAAAAAAAGGAUAAAAUGAAGAUUCGUGACAUUGGCUCGGGGCACUCUGUUGAGCAGAAAAACGCACAGGAUGAUAACCAUCUUCUCCUUCUCGGAAGGAGCGAAAGUUGUAUUACCAGCGAGGGGGACGAACAAUGUCAGUCGGGGCAUGCCGCCAUUUCUAUCAAUAAAAGUGGAAAGGUCGAAGGUGGAAAGGCUACGAGGUCAGUUGGCAAAAGGGGCGUUAAGACAGUGAACGCCCAACCAGGAGACCCCUCGAAAGAAGACACCUUCUCGGGGGAAAACCCCCCGGAAGGGACCGGAUCGGACGAAAUCCGCUCCGAUGACGACAAUGACGACAACCUGGAUGAUACGAACAAGUAUGCCGUCGGAAUUCGCAACUUUGCAAAAUUUAAAUUUCUUGAAAAAAGAAACGAGUUAAUGAAUGCCUUCGUUUCGUACUACUUAAAUAAAAUGUCCAGAAGUGUAAAGGAAUUCAUCCAAAGGGAAAAAUGGACUGAAGGGAAGAAGACCGAAUUAGUGAGCAGAAAUUUUAUAUACCUCUUGAACAACAUUAUCGCGGUUUAUUCCUACUUGGCGUCCUUCUUAGAGAACAAGGUGACUGGUACAGUCGCUGCGGGAGCUAGUUCUGCCUCUGGUCAGACAGACCAUUUUAACGACGUGAAGGAUAAAAUAGGGGAAGCGCUGGGGCGUGUUUGCAAGGAGUACGCAAAAGGGAGGAAGGGAAGAAGGGCCUCUUCGGAGAUGGAAACUUGUGGGAAUAGUCAUGAGGGAGGCGGAAGCUACCCUGGGGAGAGACGGAGCGAUCUAAGUAACAACGAACAGAAAGAAACCCACGAUGAGAAAAACCUAGAAAUGUACAUGUACAAAUUGUACAUGUGCAAAAUGAAGAAUUACAAGAGAAAUUUGCACUUGGAAAAGAAAAAAAUUAUUCUCGUGAUAAUCAAAAUUUUGUUUAAGAAUUACAGUGAAUAUGUGCGAGACUUACAUUUUAAUGAAUACGGUUUUGAAAAAUUAAGAGUGAAUUUUUUUUUCUUCUUUCACUGUCUAAAGGUUUUUGUUCCCAUGGAUGAUGAGCAUGUACUGUUUGUAAUUCUGAAUGAAGUAUUAAUCAGUGCAUAUGAGCGCUCGAUGAAUUUCACCCUCUCCAAUGCAGGGGUUAACGCCCUAUAUCAGGCCUACUUACUAAGCGAGAUUGACUGUGAUAUCGAGGCGAAUAGGGAUUUUAUAAUGAACAGCUUGAGGAGGGUAUAG